AUGGCGGAAGAUCUGGUGCUGGAUACUGCAAUCAGAGACUGGGUCUUGAUCCCUUUAUCUGUUGUUAUGGUUCUAAUUGGUGUGCUCCGUCAUAUUGUUUCCAAGCUUAUGCGGUCUACUCAAACUCCCGAUGCCAAAAUUGUCAGAGAAGGGCAAGUUAUGCUUAGAGCUCGGAAUUUACGGAUGGCGGCUAAUUUUAUCCCUUCCAAGGCUUUUCGUGCUCGGAAGCUUUAUUAUUGUAAUGAGGAAAAUGGUCUGUUGUUCGUUCCGAAGGGCCAAGCCCAGAAUCCACAAGCACAGAUGUUCUCUGAUCCGAACAUGGCCAUGGAUAUGAUGAAGAAAAACCUUUCAAUGAUCAUACCACAGACUCUUACUUUUGCUUGGGUGAACUUUUUCUUUUCUGGAUUUGUAGCAGCCAAAAUACCCUUUCCAUUAACUCAGAGAUUUAGGUCAAUGUUACAGAAUGGAAUAGACCUCAGCACAGUGGAUGUUAGCUACGUCAGCAGUCGCUCUUGGUACUUCCUCAAUCUAUUUGGCUUAAGAGGACUGUUUAGUCUCAUCUUGGGGGAAGAAAAUGCUGUAGAUGAUACACAAAGAAUGAUGCAAAUGGGUGGUGGAUUCGGAUUUGAUCCUUCAAAGGGUCUGAGUGUUGAGAAAGACAAUCUUGACAUAACUCAGCAUGACUGGGCCUUACCAAAUUUCGAGCAUCGUGCUGAAUCUGCGUUGAAGAAAGUCAUCAGCUGA